AUGUUGCCCGUUUUUCCGGUCCGUUGCAGAAGAUCGUGCGAGAUGAUCCACGUAGAUGAAACAGAUCCAGUUGGAGAAAUAGAGCCGCCAUUUCCAUACCGGGACGUCACGAUAAAAAGAAACACAGAUGUCAACGAUUACUAUGAUAUGCUGUCGGAGAUAGGACGAGGAAAAUUCGGCACAGUAUACCUAUGUCGCGAAAAGAGUACAGGAUUGGAACUCGCUGCUAAGCUGGUCUCCGUGAGUAGACGUGAUGAAAGACGAAAUGUGGAACGAGAAGUUGAUGUCAUGCGGAGGCUGCGGCAUCCACGCCUGAUCCAGUUGUAUGAUGCUUACGACUGGGGGAAGUACAUGUGUGUCGUAUUGGAACUGAUAACUGGUGGGGAGCUAUUCGAGCGAGUCAUAGACGAGGACUUCGUGCUGACAGAACGUGCAUGCACCGUGUUCAUGCGGCAGAUAUGCGAAGGAAUUGAGUUUGUGCAUCGGCAGAACAUUUUACAUCUUGACAUGAAGCCAGAAAACAUCCUAUGUCUCACAAAGGCAGGCAACCGGAUCAAGAUUAUUGACUUCGGCCUCGCUCGCUUCUACGACCCAGAAAAGAAAUUGCAAGUUCUGUUCGGGACACCAGAGUUCGUGGCUCCAGAAGUGGUCAACUUUGAUCAAAUCGGCUAUGGAACAGAUAUGUGGUCUAUUGGCGUUAUAUGUUAUGUACUUCUAUCCGGAUUAUCACCGUUCAUGGGAGAGACGGAUGUCGAAACCAUGGCAAACGUUACAAUAGCCAAGUACGACUUCGACGAUGAAGCAUUCAACGAAAUCUCCGAAGAUGCAAAGGACUUCAUUCGGAAACUGCUCGUGAAGGACAAAGAGUCACGGCCGACGGCUACGGAGUGCUUACGUCACCGAUGGCUCAUCAAACGAGCACCAGUGAAACAAGACACGCCACGACAACAACCGCGCCUCUCGCCCAAGCAGGAACUAGAUAUGGCGAAAGAUAAUCUGCGACUUUUCGUCGAACGAUGGAGCGAGCAUCCUAAUUCACCUUACGUCUUUGACAAUAAAUCACAGGAGAUCCUUUCUCUUGUCAACGGCGAGAGGUCUUCGAUUGGAGGAUGCUCGCCGUCGCCCAGAAGCUCUCUAAGCAGUUCUCCAGAUGUUGUAUUCGACGAAGACGACCUGGAUCCACCUCCUCUAAGGGAAACGGUUAAUAUCAAAACUAGGUAUAAUCCAGUCGAAAGAAGAGCAUCAGAUAGUAGUUGCUUCUUACACAAGCGACCUGAUGUUUUAGUAAGAAAGAAUCUAGCUGAAGAAAUAAAGAAAUUAUCAGACCACCUCUUUAUGCUGUCGACUAUGAAUACGGACUUGACAAAUAAUAAUAGUAUGAACGAAAUGGACAAAAAUGUCUUAGAGAGAAAGUUUUCCAAAGAUAACAAAGUCACGAAUGGUUACAAGACUGAUUCGAGAACAACCUUUACAAAAACAUCGACAAAUGGCGAUGCUUCAUGUAGUGAAAAGAGAAUAUUUACGUCAAAAUCAACGAACAAAAUAACGUCCUCAUUUUUAACGGAAAGAGAGCCCGAGAAGCCGAUGACUAGUAAGAUGCCUUGGGUCAAAAGUAGACCAAAAAGAGUAACGAGUACAAGCAGGGAUGUUCCCGACCAACCUACGGAGAAACGCAACACAUUCUUCGAAGAAUUUGACCGAAGACGUGACAAGAUAGACAAAUUGGUGAACGGUUACGAGAACGGUAGACAAAUGCCAUACAGACGAGGCGACGAAAACAACGCCCAUCGGACUAAAGAUCUCCUCUUGCAUCUCCUAGAGAAAUGGGGAGAAACAGAAGAUGUAGAAGCGGAAAGGACAGCUGGAGGCACCUCGAACGGAGGUAGACAUCAGUCCAUAUCGCUGGAAUGGUCUCCGUCCAACCAACUCGCCCAGAACUCAAUGUCAAGUCUACAUGCCUUCUUUAAAAGACAGACGUCUGAUGAAAAGAAGCAGAGGAAAAAAGUGACAACCUCGAGUUCCAAAUAA